UUUGUAAAAAUAGAUAAAGAAAGAAAGAAAGAUGACAGGACCUGUGAAGACCUGUGCCCCAAAAAAUCCCUCAAAAAUAAAUAAGAAAAUAGCCUAGGUAUGUUAUAUAUCAUGCACCCCAACAUGCAGUAUCCACUUACUGAACCAUUUAAUGGCAUGACAGACAGGCUGUGGUACUCCGAGACGACUCUGUGUGCACCUCUGUUAUCUAAGACAUCGAGUUCAGUCAUCUCUGAGAGUCCUCGGGUCACAAACACUCCAGCUCUGCACAACAGUGACUCAUGUUCUCUCGGGACCUGUGUGGGAGAACAAUUCAUAUUCAUCACAAACCAGUGUGACUCAUCACAGAAAAAAUAUCUAUCUAUCCAUCCAUCCAUCCAUCCAUCCAUCUCUCUCUCUCUCUCUCUCUCUCUCUCUCUUCCAGCAUUUCCAGCAUAACCAACAACAAACUGUGCAAUGUAAAAUAAUAGUGCAAAUAAUAUACAAUAAUAUUGUAUCAUUAUUAGUGCAAAAUAAAUUAAAACUAAGGUGAAAUAAUUUAAACUAACAGUGCGGGGUAAACUAAGAAAAUACUAGUACAUUUUUUUUAUUUAAUUAUUAAGUAAAUUAAAAAAAAGAUGAAAAUUAUUGCUAAAUGUGAAAAUUGUAACAUCAACUCUCUGUCGCCUUCCUUUCGGCUAUUUCCGUUAAUUUUCGUAACUACUCGGAAACUCUUCAGAAGAGGGGGCAGGACUCGGCGCUCGAGUGCGCCUGUAACUAAUCCAGUUCAUUCCACCGGAUCAGUUCACCUGGACUCCUGACGAAUGUUCAUGGGCGCGCAGUGAUUCGGGUCGCACGAGUCAAUCUUAAAAGGAAAUCAUGGCAACAGGAGGAUUUAAAUCUAACAGCGCGACAGACUUUCUGGAGGAAUGGAAAGCAAAGCGCGAGAAGAUGAGAGCAAAGAUGCUUGGAGAUAUCGCCGCCGCCACCGGGAGAACCACGGAGUUAAACAACAACGGCAGCUCGGUUAACGUUAACUGCGUCUCUUCUACGUCCUCCUAUCCGGUGGCCCUGUCUUCCUCAUCGUCCGCUCUGAAACGACCGGAGGACGAGCCAAAGAAACCCGAGCAGCCCGGGGAAAACUUGAAGACGCCGGAGAAAGUGAGUGGAGUGCCGCAGGCGGAGAGCUCGAGCCCCGCUGGUGUGGAUGACAGUGAUAAGGAGAGUCCCACACACAGCAAGAGCAAAGAGAAGAAGAGCUCGGGACCCAGUGCCAGAAAGGGCAAAGGACAGAUAGAGAAAAGGAAGUUAAGAGAGAAGAGGAGGUCAACAGGUGUUGUCAGCAUACCGUCCAAUGAGAUGAUGGAGAACAUGGUACAGCUGUUUCUCUAG